AAAGUGACGUUUCCCGGAAACAGGACAUUAGUAGCAGUAGCCGUUUAAAUGCUAAGAAGCUAAUCUGACUGAGCUGUUUUCUUGGGUCGUAUUUGUACAUUUUUUCACCUUUUGCUGACCAAAAGAGUCCGCUUCGAUUAAACAUUGGAAAGAUAAUGGCCACGGACUGGUUGGGUAGUUUGGUGUCUCUUAACUGUGGACCGACGCUGGGAGUUUAUCAGGGAGAGGUGUCAUCUGUGGACCAGUCCAGCCAGACCAUCUCCUUAAGACAGCCUUUCCACAACGGAGUCAAAUGCCCCGUCCCUGAGGUCACUUUCAGUGCCAUUGACAUAAAGGAGCUGAAGAUCUUGGACAUCAGAAAUGGGAAUGCACGGACGACCUCUAAUACCGCUGCCAAAGGAAGCACUGUACCAGUCGCUGUCCCAAAGGGCGAUCCCAGAUCUGUGGAGAAGGUCAACUCGCCGCAGCAGUGCUCCAAAAGUUACGGGGAACGCCACCUGGACGCACUGGGUCAGCCGAAAGGCUUUCGCCGAAGACAUAACUCCUGGUCGUCUACUAGUCGAGGGGCGAACCAGGCGACGCCGAAGAAGAACGGCGUGAAGAACGGGCAGAUGAAAAACAGGGACGACGAGUGCUUCGGCGACGGCAUGGACGAGGGGCUGGACACGGAUUUCGAUUUCGAAGGGAACCUGGCGUUGUUCGACAAAGCGGCGGUGUUCUCAGAGAUUGACACGACGGAGCGCCGCAACGGGGCGAGGUCACGGGGCACGCCUCAGGAUCAGACGCCGAGCCGGUACCGCCACGACGAGAACAUCCUGGAGGCCAAACCUAUUGUUUACAGACAGAUUAUUGUACCGCAGCCUGGGCCCAAAGAGUACUGCACUGACUCGGGACUUGUCGUUCCAAGUAUUUCCUACGAGCUCCACAAGCGUCUGUUGUCUGUCGCUGAGCGCUACGGGCUGACACUGGAGCGGAGACUUGAGAUGACCGGAGUGUGCGCCAGCCAGAUGACGCUCACGUUGUUAGGAGGGCCCAACAGAUUUACUCCCAAGAACCUCCACCAGCGCCCUACGGUGGCGCUGCUGUGCGGGCCUCAUGUUCAGGGAGCGCAGGGCAUCAGCUGCGGCCGUCACCUGGCCAACCACGAGGUGGAGGUCAUUCUGUUUCUGCCCAACUUUGUCAAGAUGCUCGACUCUGUGACGAGCGAGCUGACGCUGUUCAACAAGACCGGCGGCAAACAGGUGUCCAGCAUCAAAGAUCUUCCCGACACGCCGGUGGAUCUGAUCAUAAACUGCCUGGACUGCCACGAGAACACAUUCCUGAUGGACCAGCCGUGGUACCGAGCCGCCGCGGACUGGGCCAACCAGAACAGAGCGCCGGUGCUCAGCUUGGACCCGCCCGUGAGCGGGCAGGGCCACGCAGUGGAGGCCAAGUGGUCCCUCUCGCUUUGCCUGCCCCUUCCUCUGGCCGAGGGGGCCGGCAGGGUUUACCUGUGCGACAUAGGCAUUCCUCGGCAGGUGUUCCAGGAGCUGGGCAUCAAAUACCUUUCUCCGUUCGGCUGCAAGUUCGUCAUCCCCUUGCACUCCGCUUGACGGGACUGAUUAAACCUCUCACCUUCCUUGACCGUUCUGUGGUUUGGGCGCCUUAUAUUGCAAGAGUGCCGGCUGUUCCUUUCAGUUCGGCCGUGCCGACUCUUGAUUCAUCAUUUUGAACCGUUUCCUCACACUGCAGGACCACUGUUGCUUUCUUCAUUUGUUACAGAUGUCAGAGCAUGACGUUGCAGGGGUGAUAAUCGUUCAGGUCUCUGUUGGUGACGAAGCUUUGGGAUUAUAAUCCAGUUCAACAGGAACAAAGUGAAAAGGACAAUCUCUAACUUUGGAAACGUUAAUGCAGUUCAUUAAAUCCAGCUUUCCAUUUAGCGUAAAUCCAUCAGAACACAUACAACGUGUGCUUCUCCGCACCAGGUCUCCGGUGUCUGCAGGCAGCCUCCAUGUCUUUGUUGCGCUGCUUCAUUGUUGUUAUUUUUUUUAAGAUUCCGGACUGCACAGAUAGACGCACUGAUUGCUUAUGAGCCACGAAAGCAGAGAGUUUGUAGAUGGGGCCUCAGUAGCGUUUUAACCUGCAUAAACAUGGCUUCUGUCGAGAAGGUUCACAGGCAGAAUCUAAUUUUCUAACUUUUUUGUUGUUGUUGUUGUUGUUCUGCCAGCACCAGAGCUCCUCUUCUACAGUUAAAAGUUCCUGUUUUCCACCCUCAUCUUCACGAAGCAGUAUCAGAGAUCAGCCUAAUAAUAAAACUCUGUGCUUGGUUCAUGAAAAUAUCAGUUGGUCUUGAUUAUGAAUGUGGCUUUGCUUAAAAACUUUGCCAUAUUUGUAGCACAUUUGUGCUUUUUUUCACCCUGCUGUUUGGUAUUUUUCUACUCAUUUCUUUGAACGGGCCAGCUUAUUUCUUAUUGUUGGAAGAGAAUACACUUUCACUUCUACAUUUGAUAGGAUGCUAUGCGGUAGAAGGUUGUACCAGAGCGUUUGGGAGUUCCAGCUCAACGAACAGCCGAAGAGGCUUGUUUACUGAAUCAUUUUAAUACAUUUUGUUUUUCCUCAAAUAAGGCACACACAAAAAAGCGGGCUGUGAAACUUACCUAGGUCAUCAGAGUAAAGCUGAUUUAUUGGAUUCAGGGUGGAAGAAAACGGCUGAAACACGUGACAUUUGGCAAAGUGAGCAAUGAGGAGCUGCGGCACACCGGCGCGAUCCUUCGGGUGUUACAGUUGCUCAUUUGGUUACGAUUCAACUAGAUUUGUUUUAGAGCUCUGGUGCCCUGUGCAGAGGAGGUUUAUGAACCCCCACCCCCAAAAAACAAAACAAAACAAAAAAGCGUGUCUGCUUAUCUAAAAUGUUCAUACGGGCUUUAUAGUUUCAUGGUGUUAUAUUGAUCGUCAACAAUCAGCCAUGAGGCAUAGACUGUGAAUAAUAAGGCCAUAAGAGUUGCUGCUUUUGUGCCAUUUGAGGUUGACACAUCUCUUUCCACGAGUACUUGAUGAUAAAAGCUGCUUUUUUUUCCCCCUCUUUUUUUUUUUUUUUUUAAAUGUAUCAUUUACAUUUGAAAUGAGUCCAGAACUAAACUUAGUAGCCUGUUGCAGUUACACGUUAUUGUUCUCAUAAGCAGGUCCUGUUAAAUUACGCAGUUCAGUUCCUGUCGAGGUUAGUGAUGCCGGGCACUCUGGUAGAUGUCGGUGUUUUUUUUUUUUUUUUUUUUUGUUUUUUUUUUUUGGGUAGGGGGGGUUUAAAUGCCAAAUUUCCACCAUCCAAAAAAGGGAAGCUCGCCUUUUGAAUCAGCAGUUUUCACAGGGGUUGAUUUGUGCAUGUUCACUGCGAGCUACAGCCAUGCACAAUAAGCUCCCUCUUCUCCAACAUUCCUCUCGGCUGAUGUGUAAUUAUUUCACAUCUGUUGAGACAGGCCUGGCUCAGAAAAGUGAAGCCAGGGUUGCCGAAUGUGAGUCAGGCGACGUUUGUUUAUUGACCACCAGGUGGCAGUACCGGGGAAACAUUUUUGACGCUUCCUCUUUAAUCCCCGCUGCGACGGCAGCUUUGGGUUAUCAGCGAUAGACUUUUGUUGUUGUUGUUGUUUUCCACAAAGAAUUGGGAACUGAGUUUUUUUUCCGCUCGGAAGAAUCGCAUUAAAAACGGCAGUGGUUUGUUUUUGUUGUUUGUGUUCUUGGUCUGCACAGGAUACCGCCAUUGAUCUCCGUGUGUUCUGCAGAAACUUUCUGCAUUCCUCAUGUGUCAUGUCUGCAGACUGAACCAAUAAUAAUAAAAAAAAUCAAUAACCACUCAA